AUGCAAGAACUUAUGCAGGAAGCAGUCAAACGGAAAGCGGCUUUAGCUCUUGUACAGGAGCCAUAUGUUGGUGCAGGAACACAAAUCAAAGGCUAUGCCGGAGCAAGGGUAUUUCAGGUCUUAGAUAGCGCUGUACGGACCAAGGCGGCCAUAAUAGUCUUAGAUCAAUCCCUGAAGGCUGAGUUAGUGGGCACACCUACCCCAAAUAUUGUUACAAUGAAAGUGGGUAACUGGCCACGAGAAGUUCAUCUAACCUCCUUCUACUUCGAACCGAAACCCCACGCCAUACAACCCUACCUAGAAGAACUUAGCCGAAAAAUAAGAAAGAAAAGAAGUAUCAUAGCAGGCGAUGGGAACGCCAAAAACAUAUGGUGGGGAUCUGGAAAAAAUGAUGAAAGAGAAGACAUAGAAGUCGAAAAGAAGGUUCCAUAUACCGAAGGCCCACACCCAGCCAAAGCUCUGAGAACAGGCUACACACCGCUUCAUACGGAGGAAGAGAUAGCAGCUAUUGAAACUGAGACCAAGAUUUUCACAGACGGCAGUAAAAUAGAAGGAAAGACCGGCGCGGCGGUAGUAUUGAUAGACGACGGUGAGAAUAAAACUAAAAAGUACAAACUUGCAAACCACUGCUCGGUGUAUCAGGCGGAGCUGCUCGCAAUAAACUCGGCACUGGAGGUACUCAGAAAAUCGGGAAAAAGGCAAGCCGCCAUUCUAAGCGACUCAAGGUCGGCUCUAGAGGCGAUAAUCAGCACGAGAACCAAAAACCGACUCGCCCACGAAGCAAGGAAGAAGAUUGAGAGCUGUAGAGAGGCAGGUCAAGAAGUCCAACUAUACUGGGUUAAAGCACAUGCAGGACUCCAGGGAAAUGAAGCUGCAGACACGGCUGCAAAAGAAGCAGCCCUUAACCUUAAAUGCAAACCACACUACAACACCUGCCCCAUAUCGUAUGUAAAACGUCUACUCAGAGAAAAGUCCAAGGCGGAGUGGCAAACACGAUAUCAGAACUCCGAAAAUGCAUCUGUCACAAAGAUCUUCUUCUCAUCACCGGAGCAAGCGUACAGGGCUUUCAAGAAUGGCAGACUUACUAAUAAGCUAACGCAGAUGCUCACGGGGCAUGGUGGGUUCUCCGAAUACCUGCAUAGGUUUAAGUGUAAAGGGGACCCGACGUGCCCUUGCGACCAACAAAGCACCCAAGACGUAAGACACUGUCUUCUUGAGUGUCCGCGCCACGCACUAGCAAGGCUGGACCUCGAACAAGUUAUCGGAACGGGUAAAAUAACGAUGGAAGACUUGUCGCAAGUAAUGAACAAUGCAGAACUUAGACGCCACUUUGAAAAUUAUGCGACAAAAAUAGUCACAACAUUACUUAAAGAAAAUAAGAGUAAAUUAAGCUAA